AUGGCUGGUAUGGCAAGCCGUCUGAAGAAGUUGUCACCAAAACGAAUACUACAGAUACAGCCACUGGACGUGUUCAUGAGUCCGCAAGCCAGAUACGCGAAAGACUUGCUGAUCAAUUUCAACCAGGUGGAUACUAUGGCCCCCGCAACAUUUCGUGAGGAUGGUUCCAGAGAGGUGCCAGAUCAUGGAAUAGAGAAGAAUAAAACCGUUCUACAGUCUGCACAGGAGACUGUGGCUAAGGCACUUGGGGGAGGGUCUCGUGCCAUGGGUAACAGCUCUAAAAGAAAGAAGGAGAAGGCCAAGGAUUUCCAGAAACCUAAACUCAAGGUUGGGAAAACCAAGGCAAAGCCCGACAAUUACACCGAUACCACCUUCAAGUCAAAGUCAAUUGUUCUAACUCAACAAUCUCUCCAUCUUGCCGCACCCACCUCCAAUGCCACCUUCACCCAUAACCUAUCUCUCCUCUCCGCCAAAUCCGACACUCAAAGACGAGACUCACUCGCCUAUCUCACUACCACCAUAUCCUCCCGUCCAGUGAACUCACCCUUACCGCAACCCGUCAGCGUCAUCUUACCGUCUCUACUCCCACUCAUCCUCGAUGCAUCCACCAAUGUCCGAACUCAACUGCUCAAGCUCUUGAAAACCCUCCCAGAGGGCGAUGUAGAAGAUCACGUCGGACAAUUACUGCCAUACGUUCGCGCAGGAAUGACACAUCUAGCAGCAGACAUUCGCAGCUCCGCCGUUGACAUCUUAUCCUGGAUGGUCGAAGCAGCUGGAGAAUCAACUGUCUCUUGCGCCGGAGGAUGGAUCAAGACCCUCAACUGCUUCUUAUCUGUUCUGGGCUGGCACACGGAAGAAUCGGCUCGGUGGUCGUCGAGUCGUGCCUCAUUCGGCAAGUCUGGAAGUCAAGGCAAGCCGAUGGUCAAGACGCUCGGGGCUCUUUCUGAGUUCCUUGAGGCGGGCAUUGGAAAGCCUGCUGUCGGCAAUUCCGAUACCGAUAUGGAGAGUGUGGACGAGAGUUCUGCGUGGUCGUUCCCGCUUUGUCAGACGGAGCAUCAUAUGAUCUCGGACUCGUCUACGCCGUUCGCUUAUCUUAACCUUACUGGUCAGCCGCGUGAUGAGGAAGGCGAGAUGUACGAGACUCGUGAGGACCGGUUCCGCGUGUUCUCGUCUAGAUUCCAUCCGGCUAUGGAGCGUGGGCUUAAAAACGCCAGAGAAGAAGGUGGCGAGUUGGGUCGUGCUUCUUCGAGCGUAACUAAAGUUUUGAAAGCAGCCAUUGCAUAUGGACCAGGGCCGUGA